UCUUAGUGGUGUUCUAUUAGGACCGGUCGCCAGUUGUGCUGAGGCUGUGCCCGGUUAACUCACCCCCCGUUAAGCCCGCAGUGACGAUUAGGAAAGCAACGAUUCCCCCGCUGUCCCCCCUAGAGCGCCCCGCUGAUUGGGUGAUUAAGCUGAGAAGCAAACGAGGAUAGGUAGAGACUGUCAGUAUUAACCUAAUCACCGCAAUGUAGUCAGAGAGGAUGGGUGACGCCUGUAGCUCUCUCUGACAAUAAUCCCACAUGAGGAGUCCCGCACGGCGGACAGGGUCGUUGGGCCGACCGUCACUCCCACAGACCACUCGCCAGCCGCCUCGUACCUUAGCUCGUACCACCUGGACUGUACCGUUCCUCUCAAGUGUACCGUAGAACCCAAGGAGUGAGACACGAUGGAUAUGAGUGAGAUGGACCAGGCGGGCCAGGCCUCCGCUGGGGGGUACAUGAACCGCUGGUACGACGGCUCUGAAGGGGGCCACUCCGGCCUCCACCAAGAUUACUACAAUAGUAUGGCCCAAGCGAUGCACUGCGCCUAUGGCAACAAUAUGGCCGGUACGUCGCGGAUGGGUUCCGGUCAGGUCUUCCGCCCACAUUUCGCCUCGCCCCUCCACCCGUGGCUGGGUGGUGACAAGAGCAUGGUGGGCGGCUCCUCCCCCUCCUGGCACUCCCCCUUCUCCAAGCCGCACCACUACGCCCACGCCCACUCCUCCACUUCACCGGCGCCGCACGCCAACUCCUACUCCUACUCCUAUGCGUCUUCGGGACUCUUCGCAUCGGCCUUCACGAAGGAUGAGUCGAUGGCGGGCGGCGCGGGCGGCGGCGGGCCCGUCUCAGAAUACUCCAUGGGCGGCGGUGGGGGCGGCGGCGACGGCUCCGAUCUGAAGAGUGCGCCCAUGCUGUCCCCCCUGGGUGGCUGUGCCAACAAGAGUGGGCGUGAAGGUGCGGGCUUUUCCUCCACUGGUGGGGUUAGUGGGGGCGGAGGGGAGGCCUCUGCCACCCCCCUCCUGCCCUCCUAUCCCCCCUACCCGGGCUCCCUGGGUGGGGGGGCAGACUUCCCCAACCCCUACUACCCGCCCUCCUCACACUUCAACAAGGCACUCGCCCACGACAAGCCAAAGUCCAAGCCGCGUUCUUCCGCCGAGGGCCGCGAGUGCGUCAACUGCGGAGCCACGUCGACGCCGCUGUGGCGACGCGACGGUAACGGUCACUACUUGUGCAACGCCUGCGGUCUCUACUACAAGAUGAACGGCCAGAACCGUCCCCUCAUCAAGCCCAAACAACGUAUGUCGGCCCAGCGGAGGGCAGGCACCAGCUGCGCCAACUGUAAGACCACAACCACUACUCUCUGGAGACGGAACCAGAACGGUGAACCCGUCUGCAACGCCUGCGGCCUCUACUACAAACUUCAUAACGUGCCUAGGCCGCUCUCCAUGAAGAAGGAAGGCAUUCAGACCCGAAACCGCAAGUUGAGUUCCAAGUCCAAGAAGAAGAAGGGGAUGCUAGGCUUCCCGGACAUGUUGAAGCCGCUGGACAAGGGCGGCUUCGGUGGCUUCGGGACUGGAGGCUCCGGGUUCGGCUCCAUGUCUCACUACAUGUACGGCGGCCAGAUGCACGGCUCCUCCAUGGCGGGCGGCUUCAUGUCGGCGCCGCCCAUGCACGGCAUGUCGGCCAUGUCGGGCGUGGGACUCGGCCUCUCCUCCACCUCACAGAUCCAGAUCCCCUCCGCGUCGAGCCUAGGUCUUUCGUCGUCCAACAGUAUAGUAGGCGCGAUGGCCUAGGGACACGCCUCCGCCGACGGCCGCAACAGUUUGCUUGCCAGCCUCAGCCGCGAGGGCGUCGCUGCCUUCUCCGCCACCCAACCAAUGGAGGCGGCGGACCCUCAACCCUCCUACAGCGGCGCCUACCUGUACCCCUCUCAAGGCGUAUCAAGCGCCUCCAGUGGGAUCAACAGCGGAAGAGGUGGGGCUGGCCAAAUAGGGUGCGGGGAUGGAGGCUUAAGCAGUGGGUACCUAGGGUCUUUACCCAACCACCUGGCCUCCUCCUCGGGCGCUACCUGAUGCGGUGUUCGCAGCCGUCGCGCGGACCAACAGCACAGCCCAGCCGGCGUCCAAGUCUUUCAGGUGCUAGUGAUAGGCAGUGUGUCCAGGGUGUGGGUCGCCACACUCACAAUACUCCAGCGUACUCUUCACCUCAUUCCACUGACACUGUGAUGUUUACCUUACUGAGGUCACUAUUUAUUUGAGGGGCGCGGGAGACGGAGCGCUGGUCUCUCAAGGGACUGCAGAACCGAGUCUUCUGUGCCACCCACGCACCCGACAUGGACACAACCCUCUGGGAACCUAAUAAUAAACUCUUUCGUUACACACGAUGAUGCUGAGGACUCGACCGUAUGCAUUUGGUUCAGUCAGAUCACAUUUGGCUCCUGCAGCAGUGGGCGAGUAGUGCAGUCCUCUUGUUUCUCUUCCUUUGCGCAGUGGCAAGUUCGGACUUAUAAGUCCUCUUUUUAGAAACUUCAAAUUAACCCCUGGCUUUUAAAGUCGGUUUCUGAUAUUAGUAGCAUCUACUAAACAGUGAAUAAUGUGUAAAACAUGAGCCAAUGUAAAGUGCAGACCUCGCCCGACCUGGCAUUGGGACGGGAGGUUGGGUGUUGCUUGUCACUAUUGGCGCUCGUGGCCUGUACAGUUCGAGAAGCGAGUUGUAGAUAAGUGAAUGUCAAAUUGUUUAUCUCUAUAAUUACUAGUCGGCUAUUUUUAUUAUAACGUGUUUCCCUGUUGCAUUACCCUGGCCAACACCGUUUUUAAGAGAUGAAUGCAUUUCUACGUAAAAUAAGUUAAAAGACAGUUUAUAAAGUAUAUUUCUGAUUUGUUGUAUAACUAUGUGUGCUCUCAUUGGUGUAACUUGUGACUACUCCCCAGCGUGACCCGAGUGGCAGUGAGGUCACUGAGACAGUCCAGAGAGAGAAACAGAGAGAGAGGACAGGUUCUCUAGCAAUGAAGCAGAGGAAAAUGACCUCAUAUGAUGGGUCUCGGGUCCAAUUGCCACUUCACGAGCAAGGUCACCAUCCCUGGCCAGGGUAAGGAAUAUUUCUGUGGUUUCCGGAAUAUUUAUGUAGUGCGCGAUGAUGCUUUCUCUGUGAAGUAUCUAAUUUGUUUUAACCAUAAAUAGCAUUGAGAGGAGUCUUGCAUGUCAUGUGAAGCAAGCGCCGGUAGCGAGGCAGCCCCCCAGGGUGACGGCGUGGCACUGGUUCGAGGGCCUCGCGUAGCCCCUGACAGUAAAGGAGAGUUUCUCCUCACUGCUGGGCGCUGUGUGGGUGUCAGUGAUGUGAAAUCCUUACUCUCACUGCAGGAUAUGACACCAUAUUCUCUCAGUGAAUCAUCCUGCCAUUGGUAGAUAUACGGCUGUUGUCACACAUGGUGACACUAGUAGACACUGCCACCGUUCUUGACCGUUGUCAAGAACGGUACCAUUGAUCCGUUGUCAUGCAUGGUGAUAUUGGUAAACAGCGCCGAUGCCAUGUGUGGUGCCAUGUCAAACACCAGGCCGUUGUCACGCAUGGUGCUAUUGGCAGACACAGGGCCGUUGUCAUGCAUAGUGACAAUGGUAAACACGUUGCCAUGCAUGUUGCCAAUGGUAGACAUUAGAUCUGAUGUUAUUUUGCCAUCGUCAGACUCUGUUGAAGGUUGACAAACACCAGCACACCGCUGCCACAUCCUAGUAUACCGUUGUCACAUUGCAGUAUAAUCUUGUAAGACCCAAGUAUAAUGUUGCCAGACUUCAGUGUACCGUUGUCACGUACCAAUAUACCGUUGUCAAACAUCACUAUACCGUUAUUAUACACCAGUAUGCCUUGUCAAAUACCACAAUGCCGUUGAUAUCAGUAUAUUAUUGUAUGACUCCAGUACACCGAUCUCAAGCAUCAGUAUAUCUUUGUCAAACAUCACUAUACCUCUAAAACAUCAGUAUAUCUUUGUCAAACAUCACUAAAACAUCAGUAUACUCCUGUAAAACAUCAGUGUACCGCUCUAAAUCAUCAGUAUACUGCUCUGAACCAUCAGUAUGCCGUUCUAAAACAUCAGUAUACCGUUCUAAUACAUCAAUAUACCGUUCUAACAAUCCGUUGCUUCAAAACAUCAGUAAACCGUACUAAAACAUCGGUAUACCAUUCUAAAACAUCCGUAUAUUGCUCUAAAACAUAAGUAUACUGAUCUAAAACAUCAGUAUACCAUUCAAAAACACAAGUAUACCGUUCUAAACCAUCCGUAUAUUGCUAUAAAACAUUAGUAUACUCCUGUGAAACAUCAGUAUACCGCUCUAAAACAUCAGUAUACUGCUCUAAGACAUCAGUAUACUGCUCUAAGACAUCAAUAUACUGCUGUAAAUCAUCAGUAUAUCAGUUUUAUAGACCAGAAUUCCGUUGUCAGACACCAGUAUUUCAGUACAAAAUUGGCCAACACCAGAAUACCGUUGUCAGACGCCAGUAUACCGUUGUCAGCAGUAAACCGUGGUCAGACCUAGGUAUACCGUUGUCAGACGCCAGUUUACCGUUGUCACAGCAGUAAACCGUUGUCAGACCUAGGUAUACCGUUGUCAGACCUAGGUAUACCGUUGUCAGACGCCAGUUAAGCGUUGUCAUAGCAGUAAACCGUUGUCAGACCUAUGUAUACCGUUAUCAGACCUAGGUAUACUGCUAUCAGUCGUCAGUUUACCGUUGUCACAUCAGUAAACAGUUGGCACGAACAUACCCAUGGGGGGUGGAUCCUGCCAUUCCGAGCGCCUAUGUCACUCUUGUAACUUUUUACUGUAAAAAAAAGAAGAAAAGAGAACUCUGCUUUUCCUCCAUCCAAGGAAAUCAUUCUAUUAAAGAAGGCAGGACAACUGAAUAAUAAUAAAAAAAAAAGGUCGCAUCUAUAACGGGGUCAACAAUAUUCAUUUGUACUGGGUCCUUGGAUUUGUUAGGCCUAUUGAGUCUCAUUAUUUGUUUUUCAUUAUUAUAUUAUUUCAACAAAAUAAAAAUUAUUAUGAAUUAUUUUAUUAUUUUACAUAUAUGUUGUUUAUUAUUCUUAAUUGCUAUUACUGUAAUAAUAAUAAUUCUGAUCAUAAUUAUUGUAACUAAUGUUUUCACUAAUGUAAUCAUUGGUAUUACUAUAAGUAAAAGGAAAUUCUAAUUAUCUGUAAUUUUACAUUAAAUUUUAAUUCUCUAUUUAUUUUCCUCUUUUAAAAAUAUCUAAAUGAAUUCUGUUCAGCCCCGAGCGAGGCGCAGCAGUUCCUGCCAGCUCUAAUCUUGUGAAAAAUGCAAAUAAAAAAAAUUGAUUUUCAUAACUUUGUAAGUACAACUACGUUUGUGAUUUUCGAAAAGUCCCCACAGACCCUCCCCCCCACUGCUCCUCUCCCUCUCGUAUGAAAUUCCAUGCCACUUAGACUCUCUUAAAAUUUAUAAUUUGUUUUUCAUUACAAAAGUCUAACCCUUAAAACUAUUUUUUUUAAUUCCUUAGUCAUCUUUCUCGCCCCUAAUAUGUGGACAAAUUUUUCAGCAUUUAAUUAGACAUCUUUCUUAUAUCUUUAAUUUAUAUAGUUAUCUACCCCAUAAAAUUAUUUUUUCCUUUUAUAUUUGCAUCUUUCUCUCUUAAACUUAUUAUUUUAAAUAAUACGUUUAUUAUUCUUAUAUAUUAAUAAGAUAUUCGUUUAAACUAAACGAAUAUCUUCCCUUCAAUUUACAUCUCUACCAAUAAAUUUACAUCUUUAUUUACCUUUAAAUACAUACCUUUCUCUUUUUUAUAUCUUAAAAGAAUUUCUUCCUUUAUAUUUAUAUUGUUUCUCGUCUUUUAAAUUUACAUCUUCUUAUCCCUUUAAAUUCAUAUCUUGUUUGAUCAUAUUUAUCCAUUAUUCUCUCGCUCUUUCUCCUUACAAUCGCUAGGUUCUCCUUUAUCCAGUCAUCCUUAACAAAAAUAACAAAAAUUAUCUCAAAAUCACAACGAAUGAGAAAUCCAAACAAAAUGUGUAUAGAAGAAAACGGCAUCACAGUAUUUAUGUUUCUGAUUUAAUAAAGAUUUGUAUAAUGA